GAUAGUGCCAGUAGGAUGCCCGCAGUGACAUGCUGUUACGAAUGUUCCUGUGCUAGCAGGAUGCCGCCAGUGACAUGCUAUGGAGAUUGUUUAAGGUGUUGUUCUUCUUCUUUUGCAAUAGAGAAGAUGGAGGUUGCAAUUGAAGUGACAACGGGUACGUAGAACCUAAUCUAUUCCACGUUGUAUCCCUGGUAAUAUAGUAUUACCAGUUGAAGGUGAAUUCGUAAGCCUCGUUCGGCAUUGGCAGGAGGUGUGAGGGGGAAGAAACUACAUGGGGAGGAAAGAAGAUAUAUAAAUUCGACGAUGUUUUGUUCGAAGAUAGUCUCUUCCCAUCCUCAGCAUCACUUGCAAUUGUACCAGCCUUCUAACAUCUACAAUCCCUUCAACAAUACCAACCACUCAUCCGACAAUGCAUUUCUCAGCAGCUGCUAUUUCAGCCAUCUUGGCUAGCUCUGUCAUUGCUCAUCCAGGUCAUGAUGUUAGAAAAGAGAUCGCCGAGAGAGCUUCCUUCAUGUCUCAGCUCAAGACUCGUGAUCUCAGCCAGUGCUCUGAGAAGUUAAAGGCUAGAGGUCUUCAGCAAGCGGCUGUCGCAAGACGCUCUGCCAUUGCUAAAAGCGAGAGAAAGAAGAGAGGUAUCAGUUCUGAACAACCUUACUUGAAGGCAAGAGAUGAGGCGACUGUUCUCAACACCACGCACUUGUCUACUGUAGACUAUGACUCUACCACUGAUGAGUCCGUCGUAUUUUCCGGAAACAACUCUUGCAUUCUCAGCCCAGAAGUCACCCAAGGCCCUUACUACGUCUCGGGUGAAUAUGUCCGAACAGACAUCGUCGAAGAACAAGAGGGAGUCGAUCUCAUUCUUGACACCCAAGUGAUUGACAUUUCUACUUGCGAUCCCGUCACCAAUGCCUUUGUUGAGAUCUGGCACUGCAAUUCUACCGGUGUAUACAGUGGUAUAGUCGCCUCCACUAACGGUAACGCCGCUGAUGCCGCCAACAUCAACUCCACUUUCCUCCGCGGUCUCCAGCCAACCGACUCCGAAGGUGUAGCUCAAUUCCAAACUCUCUUCCCCGGUCACUAUACCUCUCGCUCAAAUCACAUCCACGUCCUUGUCCACUUCAACGGAACUACCUAUGAGAACGGUACCUAUGGUGGUGGUGUCAUCUCCCACGUUGGACAAAUGUUCUUUGACCAAGACCUGAUCACUCAAGUCGAGGCUGUUUCUCCAUACAGCACCAACAACCAGCCAACAACUUUGAACUCUGAGGAUAGCGUUUUGGUUGAUGAGGCUGCUUCCUCUGAUCCUAUGAUUAACUACUCGCUUUUGGGUGAGACUGUUGCUGAUGGUAUCUUUGGAUGGUUGGCAUUCGGUGUUGAUGUUUCAAAGGCUUAUAGUGUCAAGCCUGCUGCUAGCUUGUAUUCCAGUGGUGGUGUAGAGAACUAGAAGGCUUAAGAAGGCGAUGGUUAGUUGUUGGUGAGAUCAAUCCGAAGGAAGAUGGUGAUUUAGCGAUGUUAUAUUCAUGUGUUAGCGAAGCAAGUUAUUAUUCUGUCACAUUCAAUUACAAACAAAUUGGACUUAAAUCUUUCCCA